UUUGUUGGAUUGGCAGGGCCCACCCCUGCGCGAGAGCACACAGAAGGGCCCCGGCCGGCGCGCUUCUCUUCGAUUCCAUAAGCACAAGUGAGGAAAAAUUAACUAAUUAAGCAUCCACUCACACUCCCCUUCCGCCUGUUCCCCACGAACAGAACGCCAGAUGCCGUUGACAAUGGUCACCGGCGGGAUAGGAUCACCGCGGCCUUCUUUUCCGUGGGAGUACCAGCAGCUGGUGCUCUACGCGAUCGCCGGCGCGGUUCUGGCGUGGUGCGCCGUAAGGGCGCUGGAGUGGGCGUGGUGGAGGCCCCGGCGGCUGGAGCGGGCGCUGCGGUCGCAGGGCCUCCGGGGCACGGCGUACCGCUCCCUGGCCGGCGACGCGCUGCUGCUCGUGCGGCUCAGCAAGGAAGCCAGGUCCCAGACCAUGCCGCUGGGCUGCCACGACAUCGUGCCGCGAGCGAUGCCGCUGCACCACCAAACCAUGAAGGAACACGGUAAAAUGUCGAUCACCUGGUUUGGGCCGGUGCCAAGAGUGACCAUCACAGAACCUGAACUGGUGCGAGAAAUUCUGUCCAACAAGUUCGGCCACUUUGAGAAGCUCACGUUUGGCCGACUUCAGAGGAUGUUGCACAACGGCUUGGCUAUCCAUGAGGGCGAAAAAUGGGCUAAGCAUAGAAGGAUCAUCAACCCUGCCUUCCAUCUGGAGAAGCUCAAGCGCAUGUUGCCGGCUUUCGUAGAAUGUUGCACGGAGGUGGUACAUAGAUGGGAAGGUUUAGCAGCCGCUGAUGUGCCAUGCGAGGUAGAUGUCUGGCCUGCUAUGCAGAACCUGACAGGGGAUGUCAUCUCUCGCGCUGCAUUCGGCAGCAACUACCUCGAGGGCAUGAGGAUAUUCCAGCUUCAGGUGGAGCAGGUCCAGCUCAUGAUGCUGGCCAUCAACAGGAUACAUAUCCCCGGUUACAUGUUCUUCCCAACAAAAGGCAACCGAAGGAUGAAGCAGAUUGCUGCGGAGAUCGGGAGGAUCCUAAAAGGGAUCAUCACAAAAAGAGAGAACGCUUUGAAAGCAGGAGAAGCUACAAGUGAUGAUCUUCUCGGGCUGCUGUUAGAGUCGAACAUGGAACACUGCAGGGGAGACGGCACCGGUAUCACAACAGAUGACGUGAUUGGAGAAUGCAAGUUGUUCUACUUCGCCGGUGCGGAAACCAUGUCGGUGCUUCUCACGUGGUCGAUGAUCGUGCUCAGCAUGCACCCAGAGUGGCAGGACCGUGCCAGGGAGGAGGUCAUGCUUGUCUUCGGCGCCAGCGCGCCUGAUUACGAUGGCUUAAGUCGCCUAAAAAUCGUGACCAUGGUGUUAUACGAGGUGUUGCGACUAUACACGCCGCUGACGGCGCUCCAGCGUAAGACGUACAAGCCGAUCACUACAGGAAUCGGCGGGUCAUUGUAA